CUCUCUCUCUCUCUCUCUCUCUCUCUCUCUCUCUCUCUUCUUCUUUGCAUGUAGAUGCUCUCUGAAAACCCUAACUCGCCCCAAACCCCCUAUCUCAUCUCCGAUUCCUCCCCAUGGCCAACAACCCCUCCGAAGCCCAGGCCGACGAUUUCCUCGAGCAAAUCCUCGGCCUCCCCAAUUUCGCCUCCGCCGAUGCUAAUUUGACCGGCGCCGACGGAGGCAUGGCCGGACCUCCGUCCUCGAUGAUGCUGCAGCUCAGCUCCGGUGACGGCUCCGGCCACAUCGGCGGCGGAUUCCACGGCGGAGUGUUUCCGUUGGGGCUGAGCCUGGAGCAGGGGAAGGCCGGGUUUUUGAAGCCUGAGGAGGCCUCCGGGAGCGGGAAGCGGUUUCGAGACGACGUCGUUGAUAGUAGAGCUUCUAAUGUCAAAAAUGUUUUCCAUGGGCAACCGAUUUCCAGUACAGUUGCUGCAGCACCACAUCCACCAGCCAUGCGACCGAGGGUAAGGGCUAGAAGAGGACAAGCUACGGAUCCACAUAGCAUAGCUGAGCGGUUGCGCCGUGAACGAAUAGCAGAAAGAAUUAGAGCGUUGCAGGAACUAGUUCCCAGUGUGAACAAGACAGACAGAGCUGCUAUGCUUGACGAAAUAAUGGAUUAUGUGAAGUUCCUGAGGCUCCAAGUAAAGGUUUUGAGUAUGAGUAGAUUGGGAGGAGCUGGUGCUGUGGCACCACUUGUAACGGACAUCCCACUAUCUUCGGUUGAGGAAGAAGGUGGCGAAGGUGGUAGAAACCAACCGGCAUGGGAUAAAUGGUCUAAUGAUGGCACAGAACGACAAGUCGCUAAGCUUAUGGAAGAAAAUGUUGGAGCUGCAAUGCAGUUCCUUCAAUCGAAGGCUCUCUGCAUCAUGCCUGUUUCACUAGCCUCAGCAAUUUACCACACACAACCACCAGACACCUCCAGCGUUGUCAAGCCUGAAAUGAAUCCUCCUUCAUAGACCUCAAGAAAAAGAAAGGGUAUGCGUUCCCACUGCCCCGUGGAAAACACACUAGAUGCUCUUGGGGUCCCAUGCCUUGCUUGUCUCAUUCCUACCCCCAUCUUUAGUUGGUUUGCUCAGCUUCAAAUUGCAUUCAAAGUCAGAUGCCAUAGUUUCUUGCUUUUGCCUUUUCUUUCAACUUUUGUCAAGACAGGGUUCGAUGUCAAUGCUCUAAAAAAUACGAGCAGGUCCUCCAUGUCUUGCCAGGUUAAAGUAAAGGAGAGGAAUUGUCAAAAGCUCACUUGAUAUGCUCUUCUUUUUGUACCAAUGGUGGGGGUAGUGGAAAAUGAUGGUAGCCCUUUUGUAGUGGGACUCUCAUUGUUGCUAGUGGGUUAUGGGACCUUCUGAAAAGGAAUAGAGCAGUAUAUAUAAUAUAUCUUUCAAUGUAUCCUAGAAGAUUGUAAUGUAGAGGAUGAUGCAUAAUGGUUGUUGCUAGUUUGAAAAUGCUGGGUACCAGAAGUCCAGCAAAAUUGAUAAUGCUACUUUUGGUUUAGGGGAUUCGUGAGUGAAUUUUAAUAGGGAAUAUGGACUUUUUUUCUGUUCGCCUAAAUCAUUAUUGGAGGAUAAUUCAUUAGGAGGGAGAUAGUGGAUAGUCUGAUCUGACUAGGUCUGUAAAGUGAUGGAUAUGCGUAGG